AUGUUCGCCGCUCGCACUUUGAUCAAACAGUCGGUGCGUUCAUUCGCACCCCGUCUUUAUUGGGGAACUACGGCUGAUUCCCCUCGGCUGCCCCUCCGCACUCGGCCACUCGGCUCAUCUCGUCUCGCAGGCCCGACCUUUGGCUCGAUCCUUCUCGGUCAACGCGCCCGUUCGCAAGGGUCAGUUUGUCCUUCUGAUGAUCGAUCGACUUGAGCUCGAUCCACACCCGUGGACACCGUCAUCGGACCGACUGGACCGAUGGGACGGGCUUCGAUCGUCGCGCAACGCCGCUCCUCCGCGUCCUCCCGCUUCCGCCGAACCACAAUCGACUCGUCCGUCUCUACGUCAACGAGAUGAACACGCCGAGCUAAUUUUAUCUCCCGUUGGAUUAUGGUGCAUCACACAGACUUUGUGCAAGAGUUGUACCUCAAAGAGUUGAAGGCGUACAAGCCCAACCCCGCCGUGCGUCUUGGAUCCAUUCACCCCUGCGCGAUCUCUUCCCUCCUCCCCAAACCCCUCAACUGACUCUACGCACACUCCCUCUCACACACGUGAUAUGUCCAUGCAACAGCCCUCCGCCGCCGGCUCGGUCAAGUCGUACUCGACCCCGACCGCACCCAAGGCCCCGGCAGUCCCUGACGCCGCCGCUUUGGCCAAGGAGUUGGAGGAGUACGAUUCGUGAGUUUCCUGGUACACCUCUUUGAGGGAAACCAUUCCCAUUCGGAGCUUGGAAAUGAGGAGUCCAGAGCGGCCGAGUUGGGCUUGGCUGGGCGACCGAAGCUUGUCUUGACGGUUCGGAGUGGGUCGCUGACAUUCCUACGUUCUGUUACACAUCUCCAUCCUCGCAUGCUCUGUUCAUGCCAAUCAUUUUGGCUAUCCUCACCGCCCUCGAUCUACGACCUGUCGCAACGGCCCCUCCACCACGACGCCCUGUUCCCGCCGUGCUCUGAUCUUUCCAACAGCCACGCCCCCGCCGUCGACGCUCCCAAGGCUUCGUCGUCGAGCGUGACCGAGUCGGACGAGACCCUCGGUGCGGACGACUACUUGCGCCAGGUCGAGGCUGACGUGCAUGUUGAAGGCAAGCAUUAG